AUGGCAUAUGCCCUUGAUACUGACUCAUUCCUCAAUGCAUUCUAUAGAAUGACAAGUAGACGAGGAUUGCCAUCAGAAGUGAUAUCUGAUAAUGGUACCAACUUUGUUGGGGCCGCAAAUGAAAUGAAGCAACUAGUUUCCAAGCUAGAUUCAGACAAAGUGAAAUACUCUUUAGCAAAUCGAGGUGUUCGUUGGUUUUUAAUCCUCCCCAGGCUCCUCAUUUUGGGGGUGUUUGAAUCAAUGAUCAAGUCAGCGAAGAGGGCUAUUUUUGCUAUCCUUGGUUCUGGGGACAUCACUGAUGAAGAGCUGAUAACCGCUUUUGUUGCUGCAGAAGGACUUAUCAACUCACGUCCUCUCACAUAUCAAAGUGCACAUCCUGGUGAUGAUGUUCCAUUAACACCAAACCACUUUCUCCAUGGUCAGUGUGGAGGAAUCUUUGCACCAGAUUCGGUAGACACUACCUCUUUCAGUCCCAGAAAAAGAUGGAGAAGGGUUCAAGAACUAGUACGACAUGUUUGGAGAAGAUGGAUGAAGGAAUGGCUACCUUCUCUCCAAUGUAGAAGGAAGUGGUUCACUCCAAGCAGAGAUCUUCGAGUUAACGAUGUAGUGCUUCUCAUUUCACCUGAUGCUCCACGCGGUACUUGGAACCUGGGGAUAAUUGUCAAAACAUAUCCUGGUUCAGAUGGGCAUGUGCGAGUCGUGGACAUAAAACUGAAAAGAAAAAUUUUGACAAGGCCAGUGUCAAAAGUAUGUCCAUUAGAGGUGGCGACAGAGGAUGUAGAGCGGAUAGAUGGACAGGAAGGACAGGACCACAAGCUGGGGAAGACAGACGAAGAGGAUGGACAAGACAGAUGA